ACUGGUUUCAAUAGUCCCGUACACUGUAUAUAAGGUGCAGGCAUUCGACCAGUAUAUCAUCAUUUUAUACAUUGAUUUUAAACAUUUCACUUUAAGUUAAGUCUGUUAAGUCUAACCAAUUGUGUCUUAUUGUUUGACUCCAUUUGCCAUUUAUAUUACAUUAAUUAAACAUAUAUCUAGAUUGUUUUAUUUGCGUGUUGUAAUCAACAUUAAUUAAACGUAUUUUUACAUUAAUACUUCUUUUGGUCAAAACGUGCCUUUCGUUGGGAAAAACAAGUGAUAAAUAAUGAAGUUUUUGAUACUUUCGCUAAUUGUGGCUCUUUUGGUGGCCGACGCGUACGGGGCUAAGUCUGCGGAGACCAGAAAGAGGGGCCGACGACAGGCCGAGGAGGCGUCGGUAGUAGAGGAACAGUCGGUGGAGGCGGUGGUCGAGGAGAAGGUUAGGGUUGAGCGCAAUGUCGAGAUCGUAGAGCCCGAGGAGGAAGAGGUGGUCGUCGAGGAGGAACCCGAGGUAGCCGUCGAGGAGGCAGAGCCCGAGCCAGUGGUCGAGUCUAAGCCCAAACCCGCGGCCAAAGCGGCGCCAAAGACCGCCAAAAAGGACAACAAAAAGGCGCCGAAAGUAAAGGAAACGGAGAAACGUGUGAAGAAGUCGGCGCCCGCUGUGGCUGAAGAGGCUGUGGCUCAGGAAGCGGUCGAAGUGGUGGCCGACGAAGAGGUGGUGGAUGUGGUGUCUGAGCCCAAGAAGAAGAAGUCUUCGCCGAAAAGUAAGAAAAGCUGCGGCGGCACUGCAGAGGCCGAGUCUGAAGUGGUGGCGGCCGAGGGGGCGGUCGACGAGCAGUCGUGUCAAAAGGCAGAGAAAAGCCAACAGAAGGACCAAAAGGUGGUGAAGAAGGACCAGAAGGCGCCACAAAAGGGCCAAAAGGCACCCAAAGAACAGAAGGUCCAGAAGAGUCAACAAAAAGACCAGAAAAACCAGAAGAACCAGAAAAACCAAAAGGGAAAACAAAAUGAGAAAAACCAGAAAAAUGGCAAAAACCAAAAGAACCAGAAGAAUGGUAAGAACGAGAAGAGCCAGAAAAACAAGAGCCAAAAGGACCAGAAGAAUGAGAAACAAUAGUAAUUUAAUUUAUAUUAAAAUCAUAGCCAAACAAAACUCCCAAAACACUUAAUGUAAUUUUAGCAAUCUAUUAGACAUUUUAUUUCAUUAAUGUAAAAAACACAAUAAAUUAAAAAACAAUGAUUUUACCUAAAAAAUAUAUAA